CCGUUAUACCGAAUGUCAAAUUUCCACCACGCCGGUUUGUUUUUAUUAUUGUAAGAUGGACAGAAUUGGUGGAUUCUGUGAUUUGUGCAUUCCCUACACAGAAAAUCACAAUGACUUGAAGGAAAUAGUGGAGACACUUAUAAAAUUAGGAUACAAAAAUGCGGCGAUUGAGCAACAAUUUGAUAACACCGUGUUUGAGAAGAAUAAAUCCACAAAGCGAGCAGGAGAUGUAUUUCAGCCUCCGGUGAAUUUGAACUUUUUGGAACAGUUCAGGAAAGAUAUAAAGAUAUAUUCACGUCUCACAAUAAUAUACAGCGACAAUUCAAUAUCACAUCAUAUGGGAACUUCUUUAAACCUCAAAAAAUAUGAUAUAAUUGCUGGACUACCGAAAACAGAAGCUGGACUGCAGCAUUGCUGCCAAACAUUCAAUGGAGACAUCAUUUCAUUCAACACAGACGAGAAAUUCAUGAAGUGCUCGCGGAAAUUCUACAAACUGGCCGUGCAGCGCAAUGUGUUCUUUGAAAUCCAGUAUUCUCCGGCCAUCCUGGACAGAAGCAAGCGGAGGUGCAUCAUCAGAAAGGCUCAUGGGUACUAUUCUCUGGGCAAAUCAGAGAAUAUCAUCAUCUCCAGUGGAGCUACGAGUGCCUUCCAGCUGAGGGGUCCUUAUGACAUCGCGUGCUUGGGACUGAUUUUUGGGCUGAGUGAGGAACAGUCGAAGAAUUCCAUGAGGAACAACUGCCGGAGUGUCCUUCUCCGGGCGUCUGGACGAAGGAAUGGAUGUACAGUGGUGUUGUCUAGCAAGACGACGGCUGAGGAUUCCGAUUCGGAGAGUUCUGGAGAAGAGAUGGACGUGGAGGUUCCGUGCAAGAAGCUGAAGUAUUCCUCGCGAAAGAUGAUUGAAUAAAUAUUGGGCCACCCUG